CUUAGACCCGACCGCUUCGCAGCGCCGCACCAUUCUACCCUAAGCCUCUAUAUAUCAGAUCAUAUCUCGGGAAGCUGCAGACGAGCGCUCGACUGAAACCUUUCUACCUUUCGCGAUUUUCCCGUAUCUUCAUCUGCUCCCUCACUCUUUCGACCGCGAAACAUCAUCUAGCAGCGAUGACUGGCGACCCUCUUUCUGAUAACCUCCGUACGAUCUUUGUCGAUAGUAAUAUCGACACGCAUCUUGCGUUGGUUGUCUCCCCCUACGACACCAUUGCCGCCAUUAAAGCAAAAAUAUCAGCUGAGCAUGCUUUUUGCUUCCAGGAUAUCGGUGAAAUCUCCAUUCAGUCAAUAAAGGUGUCGCGCCGAGGUUUCUUGUACAACUUAGCAGAUUCUAUGUAUGUCUUGAAUGCUUUUGAAGGAGUCCAGCGGAGUUGGUUUGUCCGUAUUGAUGCUGUCCCCAGGUGCACUGUCAAGGAUCAGAAGGAACUUCCCAACAAAGUCACAGAUGAGAACCUGAAGCAUCAUGAUUAUGCAGUUCCUGCCUGCAAUGUGGAUAAGCAUCAGGAGGUUGUUUUUUGUGGGUUAUCUUCUAAAAAUUCUGGCUCUGAUGGGCAAGAAAAUCAUACUCCAAACACAGACCGUGAAUUUAGGCCAACUAUGUUGACCGAUCAAGAUAAGGAUGACAAAAGAGAAGAUAAUUGCAGUAAUCUUGGCAAGGAAUCUUGCACUCAUAAAACAAUAUCGUCAAAAAGAAGUAAGUCAUCACAACAGGAUAAAUUAAUUGAAAGCCAAUCAGAGCACUAUCUUGUAAAGAAAAAAAGGGGUAAGAAGCUAAAGUUGCAUGAAGAGCUUCUUGAAGACAUCAAAUUCAGAGGCAGUGAAGACAUUAAUGAAUCUAAUAAAUCAUCAAUGAUUCCUCAAGAAAUUAAUUGUGAUGGAGAAAAGGGAGUUCUUGCUAUUUCUUCAGAAGGAUUGCCAAGUAAAUUACCUCAUGAAAAUAUCAAAUCCCUUCAACUUCCCCCAGUUAAAAAGCAUUCUAAGAAAAGGAAAUCUAAGUCUUCCAAAUCUUAUGAAGAAAUUGGUGAAGAGCAUCUUGAAGAUUGCAGGAGAGGGAGCAAAUUUAGUGGUAGUGAAGACAUUAAUGAAUCUAAUAAAUCAGCAAUUGUUUUUCAAGAAAUUAGUUGUGAUGGAGAAAAGGAAAUUCUUGCUAUUUCUUCAGAAGGCUUGCUAAGUAAAUUAUCUCAUGAUAAUAUCAAAUCUCUUCAAGAUCCUCCAGUGAAAAAGCAUUCUAAGAGAAGGAAAUGUAAGUCUUAUGAAGUGGCUCAAGUUGAUAUGUCAUUUGACACUGCAGCUGUCAGAUCACCUCAAGUAACAGUAAAUCCACAGGAUUCAGGAAAAGAGGCCAAUGCUUCUAUCUUCUCAGGAAAAUGUUCAACUGGACCAAAUAGCAGGGAACCAUUGGCUAAUGAUCAGAGAGUUAUGAGCGCAACACAUGAUAUUGCAAGUUUUCUGAAAGUUCCCAACCAGAAAGAAACCAGGCAUUCUAUGGAAGUAAAUAAAGUACCUAUUGAAGAGCAGAUUAUUCAAGUCAAUCCUGAAGAUCAAAGAGAAGAGCAUGCGUCAAGUAAACAUACCAAUGUUGUUGCCUCACUUAAAGAAUCUGCAGGAGCGAAAGUUAUUUCGCAAGUAGUUUCGAAAUUUCCAACUAAGUUAUACUGCAACGCAGAAGGAUUACCAAGUAAAUUACCCCAUGAGAACAUCGUAUCUUUUCAAAAUCCCCUAGUUGAGAAGCAUGCUAAGAAGAGGAAAAGGAAGUCAUCCAAACCUCAUGAGGAGGCUCAUCUUGUUAUGCCAAAUGUUGUUAGAUCGGAUUCAGGGAAAGAGACCAAUGCUUCUAUCUUCUCAGGAAAACAUUCCGCGGAACAAAGUAUUGAGGAAUCAUUGGCAAAUGAUGAAAAAGAUAUAUGGGCAUGUACAAGCCUUUUGAAAGUUGCCAAUACGAAGGAGAGCAUACAUUCUAUGGAAAUAAAUAAAGAACCUAUUGAAGAACGCAGUACUCAAGUCAAUCCUGAAGGUCAAAGCGAAAAGCAUGUGAGUUCAGAUCAAGAUGCCAAUGUUGAUGUCAGUCUUAAAGAACCUGCAGAGGUUAGAGUUUCUUCACAAGCAGCUUCUGAAUCUCCAACUAAGUUAAACUGCAGCAUCGAUAAGUUGAAGAGUCAAUCAAGCAAAAUUUUAGAACCCAAGGAAGCAUAUUAUCAGGAAAGCAGGAGUUCUGAUGCUACCAAGUGUAUCAGAGAUUUGCAUUUGGGAGAAACUGCUGCAUCUGCUGAAGGGUUCCCUUACCAAGAGCAAGCCACCAAUGGAGUUUCCAAUCUGAAAGGAGCCAAUGAAGCCUGCUUUUUGGCAAAAGUUGAUUCUAAAGAGCGAAGCAAGUCAUGGCGUAGCAGGAAAAAAUCAAAAGCUGGGUCAUCUGGAGUUUUUGAGUCUACACAACUAGAUGGAAAUAAAGAUGAAUUCAAUUUUGAUAAUGCUCAGAUGUCCUUGAAUGAAUUUCAGAAUGAGUCCAAUGCUGGAAAACAUAUAAAACGAGCUGAUCAGAAAGCCAAUGGUGGCCUUAUUGUAGAUGCUAUGAUUAAAAUGUCCUCGCCCUCCAAGAAGGUUCCCAAACAAGAUGAAGUAUCUAACAUGAAUUCAGGUAAUCCUCCAAUUUGCAUGCCUAAUAAUUUAAAUGAAGUAUCCAAAGCAUUUGAUGAACAAGCUGCAGAGAUCAGAGUUCCUUCACAGGCAUCUUCUGAAGCUCAAGCUAAACCGGCCCGUAGCAGGAAAAAGUCCAAGAGUGAACCAUCUAAACUUGGGUCUGAAGAAAAUUGUGCUGUCUUGUCAAAAUUCAAUGGCGAGGCAACUGAAUCCAAUGAAGAAAGAGCGUUUGAACCAUCUAAAUAUGCAAGUGAGUGCAAUCAGAAAACUGAGCUGCAUUGCAUGGAUGCAAUGGUGCUGCAAGAUGACAAUGAGCGAUACAGAAUCAUUAUUGAAGGCCAUGUUACUCAGUAUGAAGCUCUGGCAGGUCCCACUAAAUCAAAGUGUGACAGGAAGAAGUCCAAAAAGGAAACAUUAAAAGCUCACGUUUCUUCAGAAAUGAUUGAACCUACGGGUUGUUGCAGACCAGAUGAAUUUUCCAUAAAAUUUGAUGAUUAUUUUGUUUCCAAGGAAGGUAAGCAUAGUCCAGCUGUUCACGCAGCAGUUCCUUCUUCUGGAAAAACUGAAUCUAGAAAAAAAAAGAAGAGCAGGAAAAAUGAUAUAAACCAACCUUAUCAGGAUUCUCCGAACUUAACUCAGCCUUCUUCGCAUAAACAGCAUACGGCUAUUAGCCAGCCUCUAGAAAAUGGUACACGUAAUGAUACAGGCAAUGUCAUACACGAUGCUGGAACUAAGGAUUCUGAGACUGGAAUUAUAGAUGAAGCUAAAAGCACAAAGCAAUCAACUAAGCAAAACUCAUCUUUGGGUAGAAUUGAAUCUGAUUCAUCUCUCCAUAAGGCUCAUGAUAAUCACAAGCUUGAGAAGAAGCUUCAGAAUUAUGAGCCUGAAUCACAUGUUCAGCUAUCAAAAUCAGGGGCUAUGGGGAAUAAAGAAGGGAAGAAAAUCACCCCAGAGGGGAAGGGAAAGACUCAAUCACUAGCACCCGAUCAUCACAUUGACAAUGUGGAUUCCAAAGACGGUAUACACUGCAAGGAACACAAUCCUUCAGCCAUUAGUAAUUCUAACGGAGAUGCUGUUGGCUCAAAUAUUUUUUAUGUUUCUGAAAGUGAAGCCGUGGCCACUGAGCUGACAUCAAGUGAUAGCACAGAGGACAAGCCGUAUCAGAAAAAGCGAUAUAGAGUUGUUAGAAAAAUUCCAAGCAGAAUUUCUAAGAAAAUAACAAAUAACUCUAAUGUUGAAAAAUCGCGGCUGGUGUCCUCAGGUAGGAUAUUUAGUGAUGCUUCAGUUACAAGCUCUGAGAGUGAAAAUGACCCUUACAAAAAGAAGGCUGCCAUUAAGACUACUUUAGAUGAUUCAUCCAUAUCUGGAGACUCAGAGAGUCCCCUUGAAGAAACCCAGACUAAGGCCAGUGCAUUGAAACUGUGGAAGGACACAAACUCCUUUGGUGCGGAGUCAGAUGAAGGUGUUGAAAUUAGUCAAGAAGCUGAUGGUAGAACCGAACUUUAUAAUAGAUCUGAUGCCACAACGCAGAAAAUGCCUCUCAGUUCUAUUCUCAAGAGCUCGAUCAGCUUCAGGAAGUCCAAGCUUACCGCUUCCCAGUCAGAGUUUCCUGACGCUGAAAACCAGCCGAUAGAUGGGGUUCUCGGGACAACCUGAAUUCGCCGCGCCAUGAGAACUUCCUACUCCCUACUAUAUAUAUAUAUAUAUAUAUAUAUGGAUGAGCAUGAGGUCAGCUGCAAUUUUGGAUUAUUAUAUCAAGGCAUUCAAGCUAAAUGGAUAUUAAUGAACAUUUUAUGAUCAUUUAGUUUACGUAUGUUUGUCACUGAUACGAUUAUUCAUGAGCACAUUUUUAAAUGAAUACUAAUUACCAGUUUUUGUAAG